AUGCGGGCGGUCUGGAUCGCCCUCGCCAUUGUCGUCGUCGGCGCCUCGGCGCAAACCAUGACUAAGACAGGUUUUUUUUUUCACUUCCUUCUCUGGGCUCUCUAAGUUUGAUACGAUCUCUCGCCUUUCCGAUUCUUCGUUUUUUUUUUUCUAUUAUCCUUAGAGAUCGGCGUUGCGUAAUACUUUCUUCGGAUUGCAACAUUGGCUUGAUUGGAAAAUGCAAGGGAUUUUCCCGGGGUUUAGCUUAGGCGGUCCCUAUGGAGGUCCAGAUUUGCCUCUUGAAGCUCAAGUGGUCCCUACAGUGGUCUUCUAGCAUGCUCCCCUAGAGGGGCUACUAACGAAAGGCAGAGAGGCCCCUAUAGGGGUUAAGGAAAAACUGCUCCAAUGAGAGCCAGAAAAGGGCCCCCUAUAGGAGUGAAACUUAGGCGGUCCCUAUGGAGGUUAAGAUUCGACUCCUAAAGCUAAGUGGUCCCUACAGUGGUCUUUAAGGAGGCUACCUAGGGUGAGCCACUAACGAAAGGCAGAGUGGUCCCUAGAGGGGUUGGGGGAAAAAACAACCCCUAUAGGGGACAAGCCCCAUUAAAGGGGAAAAAUUUAGUCUUCAUAAGGGCUUUUAAACCUCAAAAGGUCUUACCACUAUACCCCAAAAGCUUAAGUGGUCCCUAUAGGAGUAUUUCAAUUUAUUUUUCUGUGGAAUUUUUUUAUUGAAAAAGUUAACUCAUUCGAAAUUCUUCUUCUUAUGAAGUUCAUAAAAAAAUAAUCACCUAGAUCGUCCUCCUCUAUACACUUCCGCAAGCUUUUUGUGCGGCCUAUAUGGAAGGGGGGGUGUAGAGUUUGUCCCAGGGGGAGGUAGAACUUGUUGUAGGGGCUUUUCAGGAACCACUUUUCGAAAUGGGAUAAAAUUCUUAUUUUUCAUGGACGAUUUUUUUGAAAUUUUUUUGAAGUUUUUUGUUAGAAAAAUAUAAUGGAUUUAUACGAUUUUUUUAGGUUUCCGAGAACUUGAAAAUCUUCUUUCUCAUUAAAAAAAACAUCAAGAGAGAUUUAAUGAAUAUAUUAAAUAAAUAACAGACUUUUUCAUAGAUAAAAAAAUUUACAAAAUAAAAUUGUGGAUCAUUUUUCUAUGUAUCCAACUGGAAUAAAAAGUUGAAAAAAAAUUCAAAAAAAUUUAGCUUCUAAGAAGCCAAAAAAAUCUAUUAGAAAAUGACUUUUUUUAUGGAAAAUUUCAUGAGAAUUUCCCGGAUUUUUUUCAAGAAGAGAGCGAAAAAUCAGCCUUCUCAAACUCGCUUACGCAGAAAAAAAGCUUGAAAAAAACCACUUGAACCUCGAAGAUCCUAUAAACAGCGUUGUCUCAAGAGGUAAUCUCACCGAUAUAUCUUAAAACUUUAAAAAAAUUGGAAAAGAUUCCAUUGAAAAAGUAAAAAAUCCUUCAAAACGUAUCAAAAAUCUCGAUUUUCACCUUCAAAUCCAAAAAAAAGGGUCAAAAGAUAGAAAUAUUUCGAAAUUGACCGUAGUCAGUUUUAGAAUCAUUGUGGAAAAAAACCCAAAAAAAAACAGCCGAAAUAUUUCAUCACAAGGGUGCUCCAUGGAUAAUUGUACACUUUUAGAACACUUUGCCUUUUCAAGUUCUAGUCAAAUACAUGUACUUUAAAAGGUCCUAAUUCUAUUCGGACAUGAAUAGGGAAAAUUGCACUUUUUCAAAAAUCAACAAAAUCUGUUUCAAUUGGUCCGGUUUGAUAGAAAAAACUUGGAAAGCCAACCUCAAAAAAAAAACAGCCGAAAUAUUUUAUCACAAGGGUGCUCCAUGGAUAAUUGUACACUUUUUUGCGCCAAAGGUCUAAAAAUAAUGUCAGAAAGCUCCUUUACUUACAGAAAUCUUUAAAAAUGCUUUAAAAAUUCCGAAAAACUUUUGAUCGAUCCAUUGAUCUUCCUCGAAAAAUCUGAUGUUGACUUUAUGAAUUUUUGGCGCUUAAAGUCCUAAAAAAUCAUACCGAAAAGCUACGGAACCUCUCAAAAACUUAAAAAAUAUUCAAAAAUCCGAAAAAACCUCUGAAUAUCCAAGAAAACUUUGAUCUGUACUUCAAAUUUCAUCGAAAAACCCGAUAAUUAUUCGAAAAAUCACGUCAGAAAGCUCCUGAAACUUUCAAAAAUCCAACAGAAAACUCUGAUCGGUCCCUCUUCUUCGAAAAAUCUCGAAAAGCAAGAAAAAAGGAGCGGGUCUCGACGACUCAAGUGCUGGAAGUAUAUCAAAACGGACAAGGCGGCCCCGCGUCCGAAUAAAUCAAAAUGCAGCCAGCCACCGACGCUGUCGUUUCCAAUCGCCAAGAACACAAAAAAUCAGGAAAAAAAAAGAGGAACGAGUAUAAAAAAUCCUGUCCGUUCCUUUUUCCUUCUCCGAAUAAUAUUUUUUAUUGUUCUAAAUUAGGAUUGAGGGAGAAUAAAAAUUAUGACGUCACUCGAAUAAAUUAGCAAAAAAAAAGCUCAUUCUCCGAAAAAUGGGCUACAUAAAAACGAGAGAAAAUAAUAGCUAUGACGUCAUUAACGGCUUGAACGAUGACGUCACUCGAAAAAAAAGCGAAAAAAAUUGUUUAGUCUCUAUUUCAUGAACAAAAAAUGUAUUACAGGAAGAUUGAGAGAAAAUGAUAAUUAUGACGUCAUCAGACGUCCAGGUCGAAACUGAGAGAAAAUAAUAGUUAUGACGUCAUUAAAGGAUUGAAUGAUGACGUCACUUGAAAAAAACCAAAAAAGGGAAGUUUUGUGACUUUUCCUACCCGACCGAUGUGUUACAGGAAUUUUAAGAGAGGUUUUAAAUUAUGACGUCGUCAAAGGCUUGAACGAUGACGUCACUGAGAAAAAAUCAGCGAAAAAACUUUUAGUCUUUUUUUCUUAACCAACUGAUGUGUCACAGGAAAAAUGAGGGAUAAUAAUAAUUAUGACGUCAUCAAAGGUCCAAUUCAAUCGAUGACGUCACUAGAAAAAAGAGCAAAUCAAAAAAUUUUGUCCCUUAUUUUUCCGGAGAUUGUGGUAAAAUGAUACAAAUGACGUCAUGAAAAGUCGAUGACGUAACUUCGAAAAAAAUAUUGGGCCGAUUAUAUUCCACAAUAGUUUUUUUCACAUAAAUCGCGGAAAAAUCCACAAAAAAACUUUUUUCUCGGCCUUUUGAAAUCUAAAAUCUUCUCAAAAACUGAUUCAUUUUAUUUGAAAAGCUGAGUGACCAAUCAAUUACGAUAUUCUCGUUACAGUAAUCGACUUCUGUUCGUUGUCGGACCCGAAAUCGUGCGGCGAGGGCGGCCAAUGCGUCAAAAGGCAGCUCGGGAAUCGCUGCGUCUGCCCCGAGGGCUACAUGGGAAGAGCCUGUCGUCGUGAGUUUCAAAAACUCAAAAAAUCAUCAAAAAUCAUAAAAAAUGGAGAAGAGUCCUUCAGUAAUUCUGAAAAAUGGGCUCAAAAUUUUUUCAAAUUUCGUUUUUUUUUCAGCAUCGAUUCAAUUCAAAUAAAACAAGACUAAAACUUUUUUCUGAAACAUUAAAGACAUCUACACGUCUUUUGUCACAAAUCAUUGCUUCCUGGUCACAUUUGGAAUGGUUUAGCGCGUCGCGGUUGCGUAACGUCGACUGCACCCGACUUUUUACUACUUGCGCGUGGCGGCACCUUUUAGCUUAAGUGAUUUCUUAAAAAUCCCAUUGAAAAAUUAGCCGUAUUGAAACUACUAUUUCUUACCGCCCAAACAGAAUUUCCGAAAAAAAAUGACGUCAUUUGGAGCUGACAGAAAUUGAAAAAAAAUGACGUCACUUCGAAUUUUUUCGGAAAAGUGACGUCAUUGUAAUUUUUCAUGACGUCAUAGGCCGUUUUUCUACAGAUUGGUGUACACAUACAUGAGUCACAUCGAAAAAAAAAAUUGAAAAAAGUUCAUUUUCACGGCCAAAACGCAGCGCGACCGCGACGCGUUCAGCCAUUCCAAAUGCAACAAAAAUGACGUCAAUCCAUGCUUUCAUGACGUCACAGAUAAUUUCUCUACAGGUCAAGUGACAAUGAAAAAACAAUCAUUAAAAAAAAUAAUUUCUAACGCUAAAACUCAGCGCGACCGCGACGCGUUCAGCCAUUCCAAAUGCAACAAAAAUGACGUCAUUUCAUGUUUUCAUGACGUCAUAGACCAUUUUUCUACAGAUAACGCCACACAAAAAUAUGAUCUUGAGUCCCAUUCAAAACCGCGAACCCGCAGCGCAACCGCGACGCAUUAAACCAUUCCAAAUGCGACCAAAAAGUUGACAAUGACGGGAAGUGACGUCAUUAAACUUUUUCAUGACGUCACAGACCAUUUUUCUACAGAUGACGCCACACAAAAAUAUGAUCUUCAGUCCCAUUCAAAGCCGCGAACCCGCAGCGCGACGCGUUCAGCCAUUCCAAAUGCGACCAAAUUCAGGCCCCUGUCAGGACGUCUACAAGAGCUGCACGCGUUGGAAGGACGAGGACCGUUGCAGUUGGACGCGGCCGAUUUCGCCGUUUUUCGCCGACAAUUGCGCCCUAUCGUGCGGCGUUUGCCGGAGCCUCGGACAGGGUAAUUUUUUCAGUAUAAAUAUUGAUUUUUUAUCGAUUUUUUUCAGCGUUACAACUGACUUUGCCGCCAAUUUUGGACAAUAUCGAAUGGUUCGUGGGAAGAUGGGAAUCCAGGACCACUGCUGCACAUAGGUAAAAAUUGAUUUUUUUUCAAAAAUUGCACUUAGGAGCUCCAGAGUGGUCCCUAUAGGGGUCCUCUGUAGGUAGCACUUCACCAACCCUUUAGGGGACACUAAGCUUGCAAAAGUGGCCCUUAUAGGGGACCAGCGGGUUUUCAUGAACUCGUAGAAGCAUUUCCAUGCGAAAAACUGAAAAGUUAAAAUUUUUGAAUAAAAUUGAACGACCCCUAUAGGGACCACUUUUUUUCAGCCCCUAAAGAGGCUGUUUUUCCCGCCUACCCCUAUAGGGAUCCCUCAAGCUUCAGGGGCCAGACCCUAAAACCCUCUAGGGACCACUUUUUCAGCCCCUAAAGAGGCUGUUUUCCCGCCAACCCCUAUAGGGACCACUUUUCAGCCCCUAAAGAGGCUAUUUUUCCCCUUACCCCUAAAGGGACCACUCUGAAAUUCUUUAGAGGAAUGAAAGGUCAGACAGUGAGAAAUAUAACUAAAUUUUUGGAGGGUCAGAGAUAAUUUUUUUAAUCUUGAAAACCCAAUAUAAAGAUAAACGAAAAAAAAUUAAUUUUAAGGAUAAUUCAACUUUUUUUGAAACAGUAAUCAGGCGUCUAGAGUUGAAAAUUCGGAUUUUUCUCAGGUUCCCCGAGCCAAUGAGCGGCGCCUACAUCGAGACGCUGGACGUUCAAAUUUCGGAUGUUCCCGCUUUUGACCGACCCCCGGUCAAUAUUUCGUGAGUUUUUGAAACGAUUCUUCAGAUGAUUUGUAUGGAAGAACUUCCAAAAAUUAAGAAAUCAACCAAAAAAAAUUUUUUUUAUCUCAAAAUUUUUUUUCUGCCAAAAAUCGACUCAUUUCUGAUAUUCCUCUAAAAAAACUCUCUUUGAUUUUAUUUCAAAAAGUUCAAAAAAAUUCUAGGAAAUCUAAGAAAUCUAUACGUAAACGUGAUGUUAAAAUGGUCUCAUUUAAAAAAAUUAAAAAUUGAAACUACCUUCCAAAAAGCUGUACAUCCUUUUCAAAUAGAAGAAAAAGAUCACCAGAAAUUAAAUUUUUUUCUGCCCUUUAUAACCCUUCUUUUUUCACAAAACUACCAAAAAAAUCGAAUCAAUUUUUAAAGGAGUUCUUGAAAAAUCGUACCAUAACUUUUAAUUUUUUUAAUAGAAACGGAAAAAAAGUCAAGAUCAAAGUCAAAAAAAAUCUUGAAAUUUUUUUGAGGCUUAUCUCUUUUUUUGCUUUAAUUUGUACAAGUUCUAAUGGAACCCUUAAACAUUUCUACCUAAACCCUCAUAUUUUUUUGUUAAAAAAAUGAGAAAAAAACUGAUUCUUUCUAGGAUUCUGUACUAUUGAAACUUAUGCAAUUCAUAAAGAAUUUGAAAAAAAGUUCUAAAAUCUUGGAAAUCUUCGGUUUGUAAAAAAAUAGAAUCGAUUUUUUUGAAAAAAACCCUAAAAAAAAUUCUUUCAAUUAAAGUUUCAAAAAGUGCGUCCUCAAAUUCUGGGAGAAAAAAAAAUCAAAAAAUCAAAAAUUUUUUUUUCAAUUUUUCCCAAAAUCGCGUCGAUUUUAGUGAGAAAUUCUCAAAAAUUCCUACCCAAACCCUCAUUUUUUCAAUAAAAACGAAAAAAACGGGUCCCUCAGAACAAGUUAUACUAAAAGAACUUCAAAAAUUCCAAAAAAGAUUCUGGAAAAUCUAAAAAAAUCUAUAGGCUAUAGGUCAACGGGAACUUCUUGAGAUCAAUGUUUUUUUCUGCCAAAAAAAUCGAAAAAAAGUUCUAAAAAGAUCCCUCGAAAAAUACCCCCCCCAACCCUCAUUUUUUUACAUUUUUUUCGUGAAUUCCUUGAGAUCAACUUUUUUUCAGCCAAAAAAAUCGGUUCGUGUCCAUAAAACCCUCGAAAAUCUCCCCCAACCCUCAUUUUUUUCAAUAAAAAGGAGAAAAUAACGGAUUUCUCAAGGCAACUUACACUAAAGUAACUUCAAAACUUUCAAAAAAAUAAUGGAAAAUCUAAAAAAAUCUAAACUCCUAGGAUUUUUCCGCUAAAAAAAUCGGAUCGUGUCCAAAAAAACCCUCAAAAUUCCCCCAAAACCCCCCAUUUUUUUCGAUAAAAAAACGAGGAAAAAGCGGUGAGGAUUAAAGUCAAAGUCUUAUCUUGUCCCUUCAGUCAAAAUAUAUUUGUUGGUGGCAUUUGAGAGCGAACAUGUUCAGGAAGGCAAAAAAAAAAAAUGGUGAAGGGUGGGGGAUUAACUGGAACUCGAAAACAGUGUACUUGGGUUUCGAAAUUUCGGUUCCAUAUUAAAUCAUUGAUUUUUGGCCUAUUUUUAUUCUUUCGACCUCGAAAAACAACUUUAUGAAGCUAGUUCUUCAAAAAUCAAUCCCAAAAAAAUCAUAAUUUGACUCCUGAAAUCAUCCAAAAAUCACCAAAAAUCAAAAAAUAAAAAAUUUUUUUUCGAUUUUUUUUUAUGGUAAAUUGAUAAAGUUUUUAGGUUAUUUUUGUCAUAUAAAACUUCAAAAAGUCUUUUUUCAGGCCUGUUUUUCCAAAAUUCUUCUCAAAACCUUUAAUUAGACCCCAAAAAUAUUCCGAAAAUCUUCGAAAAAUGCUUUUUUUCUGAGCUUUUCCAUCUUAAAUUAUUGAUUUUGGGCCUAUUUUUAUUCUACCUCAAGCCAAAUUCAUUGAAAAUCCAUCUCAAGUCCCUAAAACCCUCCAAAAAAUCCCUUCUAUUUCCUGAGCUUUUCCCUCUGAGAGAUCAAAAGUCAUGAGAGAGAUUAGAGAAAGAGAGGGAAGAAAUGUGUCGGCGGCGAUGACUCUUCCGUCGAUGAAUAACGUCACCCCGGGGAGUUGCCCCAAGCCCAAGAAUUUCGGAGGGCCUUUCAAAUGUUUCCUUCCAAGACGAAAAAGCAACGAAAUCCAUGGUUAUGGGUCAACAUUAUGCUAAUUUUAGUGGAUUUUUUGAAAAAUUGGAGAUCAAUGGUCUUCUUAGCAAUGUCAAGGGUCCCAUUGAGAAAAAAAUGAGAAAAAUUUUUUGAUUUUUCAAAUUUGUUCAUUUUACAGCUUUUUUUGACUAAUAUUCUUUUUUAAAAAAAUAUUUUUUUAAAUUGAGAACAAUUUAAUGCCCUAUGAGACUUAUUUUCAAGCUUAAAAAUUAAAAAAAUUCGUCGAAAAAUGAAUUUUUAACCUGUAAAGUCCAGUUUGUAGACGAAAAAUGAGAAACAAAAAAAAAUUAGGGAUCAGUGAUCUUCCCAGCAAUGUCAAGGGUCCCAUUGAGAAAAAAAUGAGAAAAAUUUUUCUUGAUUUUUUUGUUUUCCAAAUUUUAGAGCUUUUUUUGACUAGGAUUAUUUUUCUUAAAUGUUUUUUUAAAAUGAAUAAUGUUUUGAAGUCCUAAAAGCCUUAUUUUUCAAGCUUGAAAAAAAUGCCAAAUUCGUCAAAAAAAUUAAUUUUUUUAACCUCUAAAGUCCAGUUUGUAGGCGGAAAAACAAAAAAAAUUUUAAAUUCAAAAAAAUUUACUUUUUCUCAAUAUUAAAAUUGAUAAUUCCACCCCUUAAGUGAUCCCGAAGAAAUUAUACUCCAGAAAAGUGCAAAAUUUUUUCCAAAAAAGGGCUGAAAGAUCGCUCAAACGAUAAGGCUUUAGUAAGACAAAUGAGGACACUGUAGUGGUCCCUUGGGACUCGCGAUAAAAAAUAAAUUGGUAGUCAUGGUGGUCUUUUUCGAAUGAAUUCUUGGAAAAUCUAAAAAAAAGGCUUAAAAUUAGGAAAAAGAGGGAGAAAACAUGAAGGAUCAUGUGCGCUCUAUUGACAAUUCUUUUCACAAACUUCGAAUUUUAGAGUUUUUUUAAGGGAAAAUAGAUUUUUUUGGAUCAAUUAUUGUAAAAUCACGUUAAUUCCAAAGUAACGAAGAACAAAAAAAUCGAAAAAAAUCAGGAAAAAAAUGAAAAAGUCAUGUGCGCUCCAUUGAUAAUUUUUCUCCAAAACCUUCGAUUUUUCACAAUUUUUUUCCGAAAAUUCUUUUUUUGGAAUAGUUGUUUUGAAAUCUCGUUAAUUCCAAAGAAUUGAAGCUUGAACAAUCGAAGACAAAAAGAAAAAAUCAGGAAAAAAAAAUGAAGAGUCAUGUGCGCUCCACUGACAAUUUUCUCCGAAACGUUCGAAUUUUCCGAUUUUUCAAACUUUCUUGAAUAAGUUUUCAAAAAAAAAUUCAUUAAUAUCAGAGAUCUAAGGCAUGAAAACUAAAAAAAAAGUCGGAAAAUUCCGAAAAAACCGAAAAAAAAAAUAGAAGAUAAUCGUGUAACAUGUGCGCUCCACUGACAAUUCUCUUCAAAACCUACGAAUUUUCCGAUUCUUCAAACUUUUUCGGAUAAGUUUUCAGCAAAUCAUUUUUCAUAUCAAAGAAAUAAGGCAGGAAAACCAGGACAAGUCCAAAAAAAAAUUUUUUUUUUAAUUGGACAGCAUGUGCGCUCCAUUGACAAUUCUCUUCAAAAUCUUCGAAUUUCGCAGAUUUUCAAAAUUUUUUUGAAUAAGUUUUCAAAAAAUAUUCAUCAAUAUCGAACAAAUAAGGCAGGAAAAACUAGAAAAAACAAUUUUCUCCAAAACCUUCAAGUUUCGCGAUUUUUUUAAACAGUUUUUGAAUCACAUGUUCAUCAAUAUCAUCGAGUUGAGGCAAGAAAAGUGAAAUAAUUUUUCAGAGUGAAAGCGAUGACCCUGGACGGUCGGGACGUCCACACAGAGGUCGGAUUUUUGACUUCGAAGCCGUUCCACGAAGACACGGGCUUCGUUGAGCUGAACAAGCCGAAGGACGGCGAUGAUUUGGUGGCUAUCGAGCUGGUCACCAACACAGGUUAGGCUUGGUCAAGAGGCUAACACUUUUGCUCGUCAGUCAAAGGGUCAGGGGAUCGAUCCCGCUGCUGUCAUUUUUGCAAAAAAAAAAGCUUCUUUUGCAGGGAAAAAUCAAUACUCCCCAUAAAUCAAUAAAAAAUCAAGAAAAUUACUUUCUAAAUGGAGUUUUUCGGGGAAAAUCUCUUUGAAAUGAUAAUUUCUGGGUCCAAAAUGAAUGAACUAUUGACUUUUUAUAUUUCUCCGAUGAAUCGAUCAAAUAUUGAUUUUUUGAAUUUUUUUUUCCGAUAAUUUUCGAGAAAUAUCGUCAAGUGGCCUCUUAAGGUAAAUAUACCACUGUGAAAAAAAAUUUUCAAAAUUUUUCAAAAAAACUUCUCAUUUUUCUAUCGACUUUCUAGCCAAAAAAAGUGAAAUCAAAAAAAUCAAAUUUCUUCAAAAUUUUUUUACCUGACCCUCCAAAAAUCCAUCUCAAUGAAAAAAAGUACCGACUAGAAACUAACAAGGAAGCUUUUUUUCUUGCGGAUCUUCUCAUGGGCAAAACUGCCCCUAAUUGCACGAUUUUGCCUCCUCUCGAAAUGAGGCUAAUCGGUCUGAAGAAACGAGGAAAAAAAGAAUUUUUUUCCAUAAAAUAUCGAUGUUUUGAAGGAGAAUGACUGAGGAUUUCAAAAAAAGAAAAAAAAAUUUUUUUGAAAGAGCUGAAGAUCAUUGAGAAUGUGCGCUCCACGGAGAAAAAAAUUUUUGAACUCAUCAGGAAAAAGAGUUCUUGAAAAAGCUAUGAUCUUCAAAAAAACUAAAGGAAAGUACUGAAAUUAUUUUUAAAAAAAUCGAAAAUUCUCUAUUUUUUUCUCAGUGGAGCAAAUUAAGUCAAGAAAAAAUGGCCGAAAUCCAAUUUUUAACGUUUUUUUCCCGUUAUAAUUUAUUUUCGAGUUUUCUAGAAUCUCCUUAAGCUUUUAAAAAAGUGAUUCAAAGCCAAGAAUUUCAGAAAUCAAAAAAAUAAAAUUCAAGAGUUCAAAAAAAUUUGAAAAAAAGUUGGAAAAAAAUUAUUUUUUUAAAAAAAUAUUGAAAAAAAUUGUACAGCUCGUUCCCUAACUCUUAAGGAUUCACUGGUAAAAAAAAAGAAAAUUUCAGGAAUAAUGUUGAUCGAGGAAGGUACAGUACGCGGCCAGCAGCUUCGUCUCGAGACCAAAUACAAGAAAGCGAUGCCCGGCGUUUUUCGGCAGGAAUUUACCAAGGUAAAAACGAAAAAAAAGAGUUGAAGAAGACGAAAAAUCAGUAAUAAGGUUCAGAAUGAAUAAAAUAAUGGCUAAGGCUCCAAAAGGCCUCAAAAACUGGUCAAAUAUUUCUCGGAAAAAAUCGCCGCCGAAAAAGUCAGAGCUAGUGCGCUCCAUUGAUAAUGAGACCUUUUUCCACUUGCAGAUUGAUUUUUAGGCUCAUAGAUGACCUGAAAACUAUUAUUAUUCAAGUUUAGCCAUGAAGCGCACGAGCCCAAACUUCCACGGCCGAAAUUUCCCAAUGUUUUUUUUUUUAAAUAACUAUAUACUCAAUUUUUUAGGCCCGCCGAGUUUUCACUCUAGUCCAAGACGGUGUUCUAGAAGAACGGGUCGCGAUUGUGGACAACUUUGGAAAAUCUACGAAAUGGUUAAAAAGGUCAGUUUAGAACAAGAUUUGGUUUAAAAUAGAUCAAAAAUAAUGCUUGAAAAAAAGUUCAUCCCAUCCCAGGAAUUCCAGAGUGAUCCCUAGAGUGGUUUGAAGAAAAAAACAGGCCCCUUUAGUGGACAAAGAGCUCCCUAGAUGAGUGAAAUUAAGGUGGUUACUAUAGGGGUUUCAGGGCCAGACCGAAAAGCCUCUAAAGCAUAAGUGGUCCCUAUAGGGGUCUUUGAGUUUUCUGGUCAGAUUUGUAUGUUAAGAAGACGUAUAGGUACCCCUAGAAUGCUCCCCUAGAGUGGACACUAUCUGAAACCCCUAAAGUGGCCGCUUUGGCGAGAUUUAGAGCCCAUAUAGGGGCAAGGCAAGUGGUCCUUUGAGGGGAACCUUAAAGCGAUCCUAAAGUUGCCCCUCUAGGGGCCACUUGGCGUUCCUAAGCUCCUCCUCUUUCUUUUUCUGACGUCAUAAGAUCAAAAAAUAAUGUCAUAAGAUAAAAAAAUGACGUCAUAAGAUCAAAAAAAUGACGUCAUAAUUAUUUUUUUACAGAAUAUAGUUCAAUAAAUGAAGUAAAAUCAACUCGAAAAAUAGUUUUUCCAAAAAAAAAAAUAUCAAAACUGGAAAAAAAUGACGUCAUCAAAACUACAAAAAAAGUGACGUCAUUCUUCAAUUCAAAUCCAUAACUCGAAAAAAAAAAAUAAAGAGCCAAAAAAUCUCAAAAAUCAAUAAAAUAGUCCAUUAAUUUUUCCUAUGACAGUGAUUUUUGUUCAAUAUUUGAACUAGAAAAAAAAAUAUUUAAAAAAAAUCUAAAAAUCGAGGAAUCAAUCGAUAAAUCAUGUCAGGAUACUGAUUAUGAUAAUUUUUUUAAAAAUUUUCCAAACUCUAUUAUUAUCAAAAAUUUUUCAUCCAAACCUGAUAAAAAAAUACCCCUUUUUUUCUCGAACUUGAACCAUUCAAAAACCAGAAAAACCUUCUGAAUCAAUAAAAAAAAACUGAAAUCCCUUCAAAAAAUCGAUUAAAAAAAUCCAGAAAGCCCUUCGAAACCCCAGAAAAACCCACUGAACCAAUAAAAACCCCCAAAUUUUUUCCAGAUACCGAAAAGUCUUCGACUACAUGACCGACUUCGUCCCAGUCGCCGUGAAACCCGCAAAAGGGUCGAAAAAUCAAUAA